AUGCAGUCUCUGGCAUUCAGAAGAAAGACGUUUCGCUUCGAAUGGAGCUUGCUGCCGCAGCAGAGCCAUCCACUGCCAGGGGACUGUAUGAGCAUGUUGGCCCAGAUGAGCUUUGGGCCGUCCGUUCCACCCUACGAGGAGGUUGGGAGGAGCCCACCGGCCAUCAGGCAAGUCUUUGCCAUGGAGCUGGCCAGCUUUGCAGCCACUCGCGCUUUGGAUUCGAGCUACUGGGGCCUGACUCUGGGAAACGUCUCUUGCCUCCCCGCCCGAGUGACGCGCCCCCUACUGGAGAGCUUGACCACCGGCACGACCACGACUCCACUGCCGACUCAUGUUUGCGAUGGUCGGAUGUAUGCCACGGGCGGUGGCGAAGAGAGUGGGUUUGACCCCACUAUGGUAAGCGACUGCUCUGUGGCGCAGCAGGACCCGUGCCUUUGCGCGGCCAUGGACUACUGCGAGUGGCAGCCUGGAUCAGGCGAGAUCCCUGGGGGCUGUGCUGCCACGAAAUAUCCAGGAGUUACCUGCGAGGCUUGUCCUUUUCAGAGCAAGUGCGUGGAGCCGGAUCAAAGCACUGUCUGCGCGGAUAAGACGGUAGGCUGCGACUGCGCCAUGGCAAGGGCGACGAAGUUUGGCUAUGGCUGCCUCUUUGUGAACGGUGGCUGCGUAGCGCGCAGCACGCCUAACUCUGCGGCCACCAGCUGUGACGACUGCCCUAGCCAGAUACGGUGUGGCACGCCACGUAUCGAGCAAGUGCGUCCGGAGGAGGGACAUCAGCUGGGCGAGCUCGGAAUCUGGAGUAUCGAGGUGGAUUUCGAUCGACCCAUCGAGCUGGCCAACCAGGUCAGCGAGGAAUCCGGCGUGCAGCUUUUGUGCGAUCUCUUCGAGGAGAAUGGCGGAAAGACCUUCUGGGUCAGUAAGUGGAUGGUCUCGGCGAAGAAUACUACCUUGGAAAUUAACCUCAAGGAGUUGGCCAACGACUACAGGAGAACCUGUUUCCUGACCAUCGCCGGGAACAUUGUCUUCUCUGUGCCGCAUGGGGGCCUGCAGACUGGGCAGUACCUUUUCUACUUGCCGGAUACGCAGGAGCCCACCAUCCGCACCUUUGAUCCUCCCAACAGUGUUCGUGGGCUCAGCGUGGAUAUUCAGGUGAAGUUGACGUGGUCGGAGCCCGUUGCACGCGGCCGU